AAAGACAGGAGCACACUCAGCUGCAACUUCAUAAUGGAGAAGGUUUUUGGUAUUGCCAGUACAUCUAGGAGGAGCCCACAGCUAAAAAGCUUUCAAAAUGAAGAGGCUCGUCACUACAGAAGCACUCUUUAACUUAUUGAAGGAAUGGCCUAAUAUUGACCAAUUAGACACCACUGGUUACAGACCUCCAUUAUGUGCUUGGACAGAACUAGCAACAUCUCUGAGGUUAAAGAACAGCAUUGGCAAUAGAAAGUGGUUAUAUAACCAAUGGAAGAAGAAUGCAGAGAGGCUUAGAGAUAGAGUAUUAGAAGCAAGGAAACUAUAUUGUGUAUGCAGAACAAGAAAUGAUGAAACAAAACCUAUGCUUGCAUGUGACAAAUGUGAAGAAUGGUUUCAUCAUAAAUGUAUUGGGAUGAGAAACUCUCCCAGCAUAAAGAAGAUUUACUUCUUAUGCCCAAACUGUACCAAAACUUCAAAGAAGCCAUGUUCCACUAAUGACUUGAGCCAAGGUGCAAAUUCUGCAUUCAGUUUUGAGCCACAGGACAAUGCCAAGGUGCCAGCUCCAGCCGAUAGAGAUUUAAUUCAGGAUGAUUCCCAUGCCAACAGCUCAAUAGCUGAUCCAAGCCUUGUUGACAUUUCUCAAACGGAUUGCUCAGGUCAAGCAAAUUCAGAAGAUGAUGACAUACAUGUAUUCAAAGGCGGAGCAUCUGUGGGAAAGCCAUCAACAACCAAAGACCCAUCUGAUAAUGAUCAAAGUAUACAUAAUGGAGCAAUCCCGGAUGGCGACUCCAACAAUGAGAGCACAUCAGACAACUCAGAAGAUGAUGAUCGCUCCAAAGGCAAGGGAGUACAUGUACCUCGAACAACCACAGAACCUGAUAAUGAUCAAAGUAUACAUGAUGGAGCAAAACCGGAUGACGACUUCAACAAUGAGAGCACAACAGACAACUCAGAAGAUGAAGAUCGCUCCAAAGGCAAGGGAGUACAUGUACCUCAAACAACAACAGAACCUGAUAAUGAUCAAAGUAUACAUAAUGGAGCAAUCCCGGAUGACGACUCCAACAAUGAGAGCACAUCAGACAGCUCAGAAGAUGAUGAUCGCUCCAAAGGCAAGGGAGUACAUGUACCUCGAACAACCACAGAACCUGAUAAUGAUCAAAGUAUACAUGAUGGAGCAAUCUCGGAUGAUGCCUGCAACAAUGUGAGCACAUCUGACAACUCAGAAGAUGAAGAUCGCUCCAAAGGCAAGGGAGUACAUGAACCUUCAACACACACAGAACCUGAUGAUGAAGCAAUCCUGGUUGAAACAUCCUCCAAUGAUAGUACAUCAGAAUCCAACACAGAAAAUGAAGACAUUUUUGUAGAUGGAACUCACUCAGAAUUUUUUUGUAUAACAUUUAUCUUUGUUUCAUACUUGAGCAGUACUAUUUGCGAUUAUCAUUUUUGUACUGUUUCGCUCCUUGUGUGAAAUAUUUAGGGGAGGC